AGUCCGGUGCUCCAGCGGCGGCCACCCGCACGGUAACUGGCGCAGAGCGGCUCCGGCGGACCGGACGGGGCGGGCGUCCGUCCGGCAAGCAGCGCGGUACCUUCCACCGCGCGCAGCCCACAAGAGACCUUCCAGGCGGGUCUAGGGUCGUGACCGUGAGCCCAUUCUGCACCCCUUGCUGCCCAGUCACCAGCCAGGAAGAUGAGCGCCUGUGGGAGGAAGGCCCUGACCCUGCUGAGCAGCGUCUUUGCCGUCUGCGGCCUGGGGCUGCUGGGCAUCGCCGUCAGUACGGACUACUGGCUCUACCUGGAAGAAGGCAUAAUCCUCCCACAGAACCAGAGCACGGAGGUCAAGAUGUCCCUGCACUCGGGCCUCUGGCGGGUCUGCUUCCUCGCUGGUGAGGAGCGAGGACACUGUUUCACCAUAGAGUAUGUGAUGCCCAUGAACUCCCAGAUGACAUCAGAAUCCACGGUCAAUGUUCUAAAAAUGAUUCGCUCGGCGACGCCGUUCCCCCUGGUCAGCCUCUUCUUCAUGUUCAUCGGGUUCAUCCUGAGCAACAUCGGGCACAUCCGUCCCCACCGGACCAUACUGGCCUUUGUUUCGGGCAUCUUCUUUAUCCUCUCCGGCCUCUCUCUUGUGGUGGGCCUGGUGCUGUACAUCUCCAGCAUCAAUGACGAGAUGCUCAACAGAACCAAGGAUGCAGAGACCUAUUUCAACUACAAGUAUGGAUGGUCAUUUGCCUUUGCUGCCAUCUCCUUCCUUUUAACAGAGAGUGCUGGGGUGAUGUCUGUAUACCUGUUCAUGAAGAGGUACACUGCUGAGGACAUGUAUAGACCUCACCCAGGCUUCUACCGGCCACGUCUGAGCAACUGCUCCGACUAUUCUGGGCAGUUUCUACAUCCAGAUGCCUGGAUCCGGGGCCGCAGCCCCUCGGACAUCUCCAGCGACGCCUCGCUACAGAUGAACAGCAACUACCCAGCUUUGCUCAAGUGCCCGGACUAUGACCAGAUGUCAUCAUCUCCCUGCUGAGCCAGCCCUAGCCUCCUCCCUACCUGAACUUUGGAUGGCUGGACAGCGUUUCCCUCCCCACCACACCCCACCUCCUGAGCCAAGGCCCAGGCUAUUCCCUGCUUAGCCACUGUUACUUGACCACAUCUUCUCCCUGCACCCAGAGUAGCUAGCAUCCUUCGGUGGGCAUCAAAGCCUAGAGUCAGAGGCAUGCUGAUUGGCUGAGAGUGUGGGUGAAGCCCCGCCUCUAGGGUGCCAAUCAUAGCAACGGGCCCGCAGCACUCCAUGCUGUGCUGCGCCGGAAGAUGCCUAUGUUCUAGUUGAGUUUUGUUCCUGCACUUCCAGGUUAGCCAAGGCCAGGCUGGAGUUGCCAAGUUUCUGAUACAGACAAAGGCAGACUUGAAUGCUUGCCUACCAGCCUGGCUCUCCAUCCAUGGGCUGGACUGUGAGACCAAAAGGUGACUCUGCUCCCGUGGUCUGUCUGGCUCAGCAAUCUCAAGCAGACUGUUCCUUUUAUGUCAUCGGCCUCUCUCCACAAAACACAUCUGUGUAGCACUGCCCUCCCCGCCCCCAGGCCCUGGACCAUUCCAGACUUUCAUCCUUCCAGAACACAGCUGCCCUGGUCUGGGACUAAGGUAAGUAUUCAGCAGUGCCAAUGACGUCACAAAGGUGUUAAUGGCGGAAGAUGUCUUAAUACACAUGGCCCCUUGAUAAGCUAUUUCGUGGGGUCUUUUGAUGCCUUAACCCAAAGUAGUGACUGAUAAUGAGAACUCAAGAAUUUGACAGUUUUGUGUUCAGAGCGUCAAGCACUGUGUCCAACCUUGGGGGCAUUGUCUCUGACUUUCAGGGACCCUAUUUCCAUCCAAGGCUCUAAGAUCUAAUCGUGUAGACAGGUUUCUGUACCACCUAAGAACACCAUAUCUGUGAGCUAGUGCGUUUGAUGACACAGUGCAUUUUGAGCCCAAACAAGCCAGAUUCCAGAUGAUCCGGCUGCCCUGCCGAUGGUGCCUGUGAACAUCUGGACGUUGCCAACUUCAUCCUAAUAGGGGGAAACAUCCACUUCCCAGUUUCAUGGCAUCUGUGGGCAAAUCACAUGCUUCCAGGGUGCCACACAAUGUGACAACCGCUUCCCUGAUGGGAACAUGGAGCUGGGAGGCUGCAGGCACUUCGGAGAAGUCCACGAAACUCACAUAGUCCCCCAGGUGUUGGCUCAGCUGGACCAUUGUUCGUUUUGAGAACUGUGAGAGGCAAGCCAAUGUGGCAUUCUCUGCGCGGUGUAUUUUUGCCGGGCCCACUCUUGCCUCAUUCUCUUUAAGACGGCAAAUGUACCCGAAUAUACAAAGCCACAGUGGGUGACUUCAGGCUCUGGCAAGUGGCACAGGAAACCACACAGCUGGCGCCUACAGGAGGACGAUGACUCAGUCAGCAUGGAAGAGGCCAGAAGUUCAAGAUCAAGUUGUCAGAAGACUGAUCUCCGAGGCACCCGCUCCUGGCUUACAGAUGGCCGAUUUUUUGCUGUGUGAUCAUGUGCUGCACCUGAGACCUGGGGCUUUUUUUUUUUUUUUUAAUUUUAUUUUGCAUAUCCAAAUUACCUCUUAAAAGGACACACCAGGGGCUGGGAAUAUAACUCAGUAGAGUUCUGGUCUAGCAUGCAUGAAGCCCUGGAUUUGACCCCCAACACUGUAUAAUCCAGGUGUGGCGGUACACAUCCAUCGGUAAUCCUAACACUUGGAAUGCAGAGGCAGAAGGAUCUUCAAGGUCACUCUCAACUACAUAGCUAGUUUGAGACUAACCUGGGCUACGUGAGACUAACCUGGACUACAUGAGACUAUGCCUCAAAAAAUUUUAAAAUCAGCUAUGGAUUAGAGUCCAUUCCAAUAAAUUCAAUGAUCACUA